AUGGAUGCGAGCAUCGAGGCUCAGCCCUACAGAUGGCCUCAUAAUGGAGGUUUUAGUCCCGAGACUACUGCUCUAGUCAUUAUUGACAUGCAGAAAGACUUCUGCUCCGUCGACGGCUACCUCGUCCACCAAGGAUACGACAUCACCCCCGUUCAAUCCAUCAUCCCCACCCUGCAAGGCCUCCUAACCGCCUUCCGCUCCCACGGCUUCCCAAUCUACCACACCCGCGAAGGCCACCGCCCCAACCUCUCCACCCUCUCCUCACGUGAGCUCCUCCGCAGCAAAAACAACCCCUCAGGUCUCGGCAUCGGCGACGUCGGCCCCCUCGGUCGCCUGCUCGUCCGCGGAGAACCAGGUCACGAUAUCAUACCAGAACUGUACCCCAUCGACGGCGAAAACGUUAUCGACAAACCGGGUCGAAGUGCUUUUCAACAUACCGAGUUUAAGUUGAUGCUCAAUAUUAAGGGAAUCAAGAAUUUGGUGCUGUGUGGAGUUACGACGGAUGUUUGUGUGCAUAGCACGAUGAGGGAGGCGAAUGAUAAUGGAUUCGAUUGUCUGCUGGUGGAAAAUGCUACGGCGGCGAGCGAGCAGCAUCUUCAUGAUGGUGCGGUUGCGAGUGUUAAGGCCGAGGGUGGGAUUUUUGGGGCGGUGACGACGGUGGAUAAGAUUAUGCUGGCGUUGGGAGUUGGGGAGAUUCCGUCGAGGUCUCAGAAUGGUCAUGCUCGCUGA